AAUUUAUUUUUACUACUCGCAUUUAUCACCACCGAUCAUCCCCACCAUUCAUAGCCCCCAAUCAUAUGGAGUAUUACUCCCAUUUACUACCACCGAUCAUCACCACCAUUCACAAUUCACAGCCCCCCAAUCAUAUGGAGUAUUACUCUCAUUUAUUACCACCGAUCAUCACCACCAUUCAUAGCCCCCAUUCAUAUGGAGUAUUUACUCUUAAUAUUAUGUAUUAGUUCAUAGCCCCCAUUCAUCACCACCGAUCAGUCGCUCGGUCAGCCUUCUCGGCCUUCUCUUAAUUCGGCGAAGUCAUCGAAUCGAAGAUUGUUAAUGAUGGUGAGGAUUCGGUUUUGUGACAUUCAAGGAUGAGCAGUCCAUGAGGGAUGCGAUCGAGGGGAUGAGCGAACAGGAAUUGGACGGCCGUAAUAUCACCGUCAACGAGGCUCAGUCCGGCGGUGGAGGCGGCGGAGGUUUCCUUGGCCCACGCCGCGAGGGUGGAGGAGGCGGUGGUGGUUACGGGCGCCGUGAGGGUGGCGGUGGCUAUGGAGGCGGCGGUGGUGGUGGUUACGGGCGCCGCGAGAGUGGCGGUGGCUAUGGAGGCGGCGGUGGUGAGGGAUAUGGCCAUCAUGAGGGCGGUUACGGUGGCAGUCGUGGAGGUGGGUAUGGCGGCGACCGUGGCUACGGCGGUGGCGCUUCUAAGGGAGACUGGAGAAAUUAG